AUGUCAGGUCGCGGAGGACAUUAUCGUGGGAAGAGAAAAAUCACGCGCGGCGGCGGACGCAAAUUUACACCUGCGCGUCGGUUAGCAGCCGCAAAGAACGAAGAGACUGAUAUGUGGGGUGAGGCAAGUAGUUGGUAUAGGGAUAACAAAGAAGAGGAAGAAAGUAAUAGUUCUUCAGAUGAUGGCACGAGUGAUAGCAAUAGUGAGGAAGAACAAGCGAGCGGCAAUAGUAGAAAGCAAGAUAAAGCUUCUAAAUUGGAAUCAGGGUCAAGCUCCGAUAAAGAUGACGAUGGCGACAAAACAAAACAACCCAUAAUUGAAAUUGAAAAUCCAAACAGAGCUAAGAAAGAUAAUCUAAAGGCCUCCGAAAUAUCUACAGAACCACGAGAAUUGACACGUCGGGAAAGGGAGGCAGCUGAGAAAGAAGCUGCGAGGCAACGGUAUUGGAAACUUCAUUCAGAAGGCAAAACAGACCAAGCUAAAGCUGAUUUGGCACGUCUGGCAAUUAUCCGACAGCAACGUGAAGAAGCGGCCAAACAGCGGAAAGCUGAAGCUGAAGCCAAGGCUGCAGAACAAAAAGCUAAAUUAGAAAGAGAAGGUCGAAAGAGUAAAAGGCUAUGA